AUGGGUAAUCAAUUAGUGGGCAUCGCGCCCAGCCAGAUAUUCCCGGUAGAGCACUACCUGACGGAUCACAACGACUUGUUGUUCGAUGUAAAUUUAGGAAGCACCAGAUUCUUCAAAGUGGCUCGGGCUCGGAGCCAGGAGGGCCUGAUAGUCGUGAAGGUGUUUGUGAUUCACGAUCCGACGUUACCGCUGUCCGCCUACAAGGAUAAGCUGGAGGAGAUUAGGUCAAAACUGAUGCCAGCCUUCAACUGCCUGCCCUUUCAGCGAAUGAUCCUCACAGAGAAAGCAGGCUCAAUAAUGCGGGAGUACGUGAAAUAUUCUCUUUAUGACAGGAUUAGCACUAGGCCAUUUUUGACGAGCAUUGAGAAAAAGUGGAUCACUUUUCAAGUAUUGUAUGCGAUCUAUCAGGCUCACAAGUUUGGUGUUUGCCACGGCGACAUAAAAUUGGAGAACAUCAUGAUAACCAGCUGGAAUUGGAUAUUGCUCACAGACUUUGCUAGUUUUAAACCGACAUACUUGCCGGAAGAUAAUCCCGCAGAUUUCUCGUAUUUCUUUGAUACUUCCAGAAGGAGAACGUGUUACAUAGCGCCCGAACGAUUCGUAAAGACAUUAUCCUCGGAAUUGAGCAAUACAUUAUUAUUACCAGAGCAAGAAGUAAAAACGGGUGAUUUGCAUCCCAUGAUGGAUAUCUUUUCUGCAGGUUGUGCUUUAACGGAACUUUAUAAUGAAGGACACCCACCAUUUGAUUUUUCACAGCUCUUGGCAUAUAGAAACAAUGAAUACUCCGUGAGUAAGCACCUGGACAGUAUAGAUGACCCAGGAAUACGAGAAUUGCUUGGCUCAAUGUUGGAGAGAAAUCCAGCGAACAGGAAGAGCGCAGAGAUUUAUUUGGCUCAAGCUCGUGGCACUAUCUUCCCGGAGUACUUUUAUUCCUUCCUGCAGUCGUACAUGCUAAUUUUCUCCAACACUCCGAUUUUAUCGCCGGACGAGAAGAUAGCCAGGUUGAAGAAGGACAUUGGCAGUAUUAUAAAAAUACUGGGGGAGGAGAAUGAAAGUACGAAAAGCAGGGCGAAGCUCUCGGAAACCGCGAAAUCGAGUCAAUGCGAGAGUAAGGACUCGAUCAAGGACGAUUCCGCUCACAGCGAGGAGAAUACGGUGGUGGAAGUCGACAGUGACCAGAGCUCUGACAAGACUGACUUGAAUCAAGCUGACAUGAAGAGCACGACGCAGGACGUCGGCAAUGACGUCCAAAUGGAAGCGGAGCCGGAGAUCAAGCUGUCCGAGGAUCACAAACAGGCGUGCAGCGCGGAAUCGAAGAAACCAACCUCCACGACCGAAACCCUGGAGGGGCUCGUUAUCAUAACGCAACUCGUCACCUCUUGCAUAAGGGGGUUGCAUCACUCGCAGUCCAAGUUGCACAGUUUGGAGAUACUGCUCGAAUUGGCUGAGAAUAUCUCCGACGAGACGAUUCUCGAUAGAAUACUACCCUACAUUUUCCUGUUGGUUCACGAUCCGGCACCGCGGGUAAGGGUAUCGGCGAUACACACCCUGACCAAGUGUCUGCAUCUUGUGAAAUCGAUACCACCUACGGACGUGAACAUAUUCCCCGAGUACAUCCUACCAGGUUUAGCGCACAUAACUCAAGACGAGGCAGUUAUCGUCAGGGCAGCUUACGCGGAGAAUAUCGCACAUUUGGCACAUAUCGCUCUGCGUUACCUGGAGAAUGCCCAUCUGUCCAACUUGGGCAACAACGAGGGACCAAAGCCUAGUUAUGAUAGCGAACUGCAAACAUUGCACGAAAUGGUCCAACAGUCAGUCUCCAUGCUGUUGACGGACCCGCAAAAUUUAGUGAAACAGACUUUAAUGGAGAACGGUAUAAAUAAAUUGUGCGUGUUCUUCGGCAAACAAAAGGCUAACGAUAUUCUGCUCAGUCACGUUAUCACGUUCUUGAACGACAAGGAGGACAAGGAACUGCGAGGUUCCUUCUUUGAAUGUAUAGUCGGUGUAGCGGCGUACGUCGGUUGGCACAGUAGCCCCAUAUUAAUGCCGCUUCUGCAGCAGGGUCUAUCCGAUCCCGAAGAAUUCGUAACCAUGAAGGCCAUACACGCUAUGGCGACGUUGACGGAAUUGGGUCUGCUUCACAAGUCUGCUCUCUAUCAGCUGUUAUCAGAAACUAUGGUCUUUCUGGUUCAUCCAAAUUUGUGGAUACGUCAUGCAACCGUGGGCUUCAUAUCCGCAGCGGCGAGAACUCUCAACGUGGUGGACGUCCAGUGCAAGGUUCAGACGAUGCUGCAACCAUAUCUGAAACACUCGUUGAUUCAAAUAGAGAAGGAGAUCCUGUUACUGGAGGCUCUCGUCCCUCCCAUAUCUAGGAUAGUGUACGACUCUAUAGUGAAAUGCAGCGAUGUCGAGGAAUUGUUUCAAGCGCUCGAGCAGAGGCAGACAACUCGGGCGAAAGCUGUGACGGGCAUGGUGCAAUCGCAGAAUAACGAGAUGAGCAAUUCUGUACGAAAUCUUUUCAGGCGGCUCUCCGAACUGAUGACGGAGGCGACCGAAGAUCAGCUACUGGCCAUGAAGCCGCACUUGAUGAAAAUCAACAAGUACCGCAACUCCGCGGACACGAAGCAGAACGCCGCCAAGUCCGUGGACGGCAAGCUGGAGUUGAGCCCAGUUAAGGACAGGAUAAGGCACCACGUCGUCGUACUGUAUCCCGAUACCAAGGGGGACUUGACUUUACCGGCUUUCAAGAGAUUAGACCGAAGAACGUCCGAGACCGUGAGCACGUCGAUGAAUCAGGAAUGGCGCACGAUGUUUGCAGCUCACCAGGAUAGCGUCCAGCACGCCAUCGUUAAGAUGUCGGACAUGACGGGAAGCGGCGGCAGUCCUAAUCAAAGUAUACACAGUGGCGACAUCCAUCUAUCUCCACAUCACUGCCUGUCGGACAUGGCUAGUCUAACAUCGCUCAUGAACGAGCAUUCGAUUCACGAACGGUCUUACAUACAAUAUAUGUGCGCGCCCUGCCGACUGGAAGUGCGGCAGUUAACGUGUCGGAAGCAGGAGCAACACGCGGCGGUACUAAGGGCGAAGCGCUGGGCCAAUAACAUCACCUGCGAAACUGGCUCCACGCCACUACCGAAGGAUUGGAGGCCUCGCGGCGUCCCGGUCGCGCAUCUUCACGAGCACAGAGCUGCGGUGAACAGACUGGUCGCGAUACCGGACACCAAUCUGUUCGCGAGCAGUUCCUCCGACGGGUGUAUUAAAAUCUGGGACGCCAGCAAGAUGGAGGGACGAAACAUCGCUAAUCGUUCUAGGCAAACGUACAUGCACAGAGGAGGCCCGCUAGUCGGUUUAACCGUGUGCGAUCAAGGGCAGUCCUUGGCGAGCUCUGCGAGCACGUCCGGAACGGUGUUUGUACUUCGGAUUGAGCCAAAUUCUAGUAAAAUGAGUUUGCUGGGUUCCCGUCAGCUGGAUCUCCAGGAAGAGGGAUGUGCCGUUGACAUUCAGUACUUGGAUUCUGGCUCGCAAUCAGUUCUCGUGUACGCCUCGCUGUACGGAGCCCUGAUAGGCUGGGAUCUACGGUGUCCAGGUACAACGUGGCGCUUGGAAAACGACCUGAAGCACGGAGUCAUCACGUCGUUUUGCGUAAACAGUCAUCAGCAGUGGCUGACUAUCGGCACCAGCUCGGGUAUUCACACUUGUUGGGACUUGAGAUUCCAACUGCCCAUAACGAGCAUCAAGCAUCCAACAGGCGCUAGAGUGCGAAAGGUGAUCUCGCAUCCGACGGAGCAGUCGUGGAUCAUCUCGGCGGUGCAGGGUAACAACGAGAUCUCCAUGUGGGACCUAGAGACUGAUCAGCGGCAGAUGGUCCUGUGGGCGUCGAGUGCGCCACCGUUGAGCCAUACUCAGAGCGGUCACACCGUGUGUGCCAUGUACGCCGGAUCCACCGAUUGCUCGGGCUUCCUCCUAGCCGGUGGUACCGACAUGCGACUGCGUUUCUGGGACUUCAACAUGCCCACCGCGUCCUACAUUGCUCUGCCCGCCGCGAAUGAUGUUCUCACGCCGAACACGUUGGCGUACGAACAACGCUUGAUAGACGGAACGAACGUCGUGCAGGAGGUGCUGGUGGACAACGACUCCAACCCGUCCUCGGGAAGUGACGCGAGGGGGAGGCUUCUGGAAGAGAGCGGUCCCGAGACCCCGCCAUCCGGCCAGCACGACACGAUUUCCGCGGUGGCCAUGUCGAACACGUGCAUACUCACCGGCAGUACGGACGGCCUGAUACAAGUCUGGAAAUGAUUGUUCUCGCUUCCAAGCUUGAUUUUAAAGUUCCUCGCUCGGGCGGUAAAAGGUUUCACCAGUCUAACGCGGAUUUCCUCCCCCUCCAGAAAUACCGAGAUCGUUAUGAUCCAAGUAAGGAAUAACAAUUACUCUACAAUUGUUCAGGCAAAUUGCCCAGCGACGCGGAAUACGGUGUUCGUGAUAUAAUUCGUACGAGGGUUUUUCCAAGUCGCAGGAAUUGCGGCAUUAGCACGAUGUCGCAAUGUAUCAUUGGUAAGAUUCAUACUUUUCUUUUUUUCAACAAAUAAUUCCAUGAUGCCAUCGACAUCAAGAUCCUCGUUGAAAGCUAUAUAUUUAGAAUCCAAUUUCUGUGAACACAGUUAAUUGAGGAAUUACAGGUAAAGGAAAUGUAAUUUAAUUAUAUUUCGAUUGAACUACAUUUAUACCCUUCGAUCCACUUUUGGACAAUGUUAGGGAUAGGCUCUCUUACUGCUGUUUUAAACCACAAACAUCGACAUACGCACGACACACGCCACCGUGCUGUAUUAAUUCUGUGAUCCUGGAUUGUACAUAGGACAUGUGUAAUAUAUGAUAUUUAAGGCUACCGGUGAUUACGACUGCGCCAUGGCUGCAUGCAUUUCUUAAGAAAACUGAACGUAAAUCAUACUGUAUAAUAGUGUAUAUAAUUUAUUUUUGUACGUAAGAAGAGAGAAAGAGAGAACUCAGAGUAUUACUGAUGUAUUAGGCAGAUAUGACAGGCUUAGUAUGCCGAUUUUACAGAAGAUCGAUAGAGACAGGCCUUUGAAAAAACAAAACCAUCUAAAUUAACUGAUACUUGUGAGGUCCGUAUAGCACCACAAAUUUAACUCCAGAGGGAAAGAGAAACUUGUGCAAAAUUAUUUUGCAGCGGAACGGAGUAUUUCGUAGGACAUUUAAAGAAGUGAUCCGUAUAGAUUACGUUUUCACGGAUUUUCUUUGUGUAGCGUUAAAAUUUUUCCUUUUUUUAUUACUUUAGCACUAAAUUACUGGCAGUGGUGCAAUCUCGCGAAAUUAUCCUCCAUCUCGCAAAACCGUAUUGAUAUGGCAAGUUCGAUAGCGCCUAUUUCUCCCUGUUCCUUUCUGUUCCUCAGUCCAACGCAGGUGCGAGUACGGGCCGAGAAAAGAGCAAGAUUCGUGUACGCGAAAGACGCAAUUUACGGUUAUUCCCUCGCUUCGUACUUUACAUGGUGAAUGCGUGAGUAAGUAGCUAGCUAGAUUACUCUAUGUAUAAUCGCGAUUAUAUUUGUAUAAUAUAUGUGUAUACUAGUUCGCUGGUAUUCUCGUACACGAAUACGCGCAUGUACACGUGAACACACCGACUGAUGAAAUACUCGUAAUCAGUGGACGUAUACUGUGAAGCUACGUUGUUACAAUAAAUUCAUAUUUUUAACGC